UCCAUCCUGAGCCACCCAAGGGUAAGGCUGUGGGGUAUGGGUAGAAUACUCCAUUGUGUUCAGCUUGAACCUCAAAGGCCUCUAGUUCCACAUGGACAUUUGAGAACUGGGUCUGAGGCUUAGGGCAACAAGAGAAGGCAGAGAAAACGGUGGAUACAGCAACCAACUCCAGCCCUGUAGAUGGAAGAAGCCAUCAAGGAGGAACAAGAGCUGGGAAGGCUUCCCAUAAGCAAAGGGGAUGGUAACUGUGAGGCUUGCUGACAGCCUGGAGGGUCCAUAAGUGAGGGACUCAAGUGAGUCUGACACUAUGCACUAGCUCCUCUCUUAGCCGGGCCCCGCCCCAGCCCAGGUCAUAAUGGACUCCUCUGAGGAUGGUGGGGUAAGUGAGGUUGAGACUGGGACCUGGCUGCCAGGCUGGCCUGGGCACAACAGGAAGCAUCAUGACUUAAGUGGCUCUACCCAAAGAGGUCCUGGGCAUCUCCAGGGCCGCUCCUGCAGCUGGCCUGGCCCUGUCCACAGGUGCACCAACCGUGAUGCAGCAGCCACGAGUGGAGACGGAUAUCAUCGGGGCUGGCGAGGGGCCCCAGCGGGCAGUGCCCUGGUCAGCCUGGGUCACCCGCCAGGAGUGGGUGCGCUGGUGGGCAUGCCACCUGCCCCGGAGCUGGUCCCAGUGGUGGAACACAUCAGGCUGGCGGCAACCACUACAGCGCAUGCUAUGGGGUCUGGAGGGGACACUCUACCUGCUGCUGGCGCUGAUGCUGUGUCAUGCACUCUUCACCACUGGCUCCCACCUGCUGAGCUCCCUGUGGCCUGUGGUGGCUGCCAUGUGGAGCCACCUGCUGCCAGCUCUCCUGCUGCUGGUUCUCAGUGCCCUGCCUGCUCUGCUCUUCGCUGCCUCCUUCCUGCUGCUCUUCUCCACACUGCUGAGCCUCGUGGGCCUCCUUACCUCCAUGACUCACCCAGGCUAUGCUCAGGACUUGGACCAAUAGAAGGGCAACCCCAUCUUACUGCCUGUGUCUGUUGAGCCCUAGACUAGGGCCUGAGCCCUGUGGGGGGGAGGGCAGUGGAGCCUCAACAGACCUCAGACCCCCAAUCACAAGUACAGGUGGAGGCCUGGCUUCUGGGCUAUCGACCUUAAACCCAUGAUGGUGUUGGGGACAGGACAAAUGGUGUAACCCAGGACAAGAGGUCAAGCCACCGAGAACACCCACAUGGAUGUGGUAGCAUCACUUGGUCUCCCGAGCAGCAUCUUUGUGUCACACCACCUCAGCCCUCCCUGCUUCAGGCUUCCUGAGUUUCCACUCACAUACCCCUGGACUUGUCACGGAUCCUCUCUACUUCCAGGAGGAGCACAGACUCUGGAAUGGGCCUUACUGAAAGAAAGAUAGAAGGUCCUGGUCCAAAACCCUGGGGACUCACCUCACUCACCUACCAGAAAUGGGGUCAAUCAUCAUAGUGAGUUUCGUGUG